AUGGUCUCGAAACCCGGAAGACGGAAAGCCAGCAUCCGACUUCACAUGGGCAUCGGGCUCAAAGAGCUACCUGAUCCUUGUCUGGUGAUCCAGGCCCGUAUCUGCGGAAAGUUAAGUAUGUUGAGCAAUCAGGUUCCAUCACCAAGUCGUAUUCAUCAUAGGCCCAAUUCGGUCAUCGCUCAUUAUCUCAGCGUCACUUCCGCGGAAGGUUCUCCAGGCAGGCCCUGA